GAGUUCCGGUGAAUAUCAAAUUUCUGCCUCUUCGCCUGGUUACCGAUGAAUUUCGUCGAUAACUUAAACAAAUGGACGAGUAGAGUGGAUAUGGACUACGGGAACAAACUGAACCAGGCUCUCUCCUCUAGCACUAAAUUUCUGCCCACAGCAGGACUGCGCGGUGCUGGGCCGUUUCAGCACUACGGCCGGCCCCUGGGCCACGGCGUGAAAGUCAAAGAGGAAGACGAGAGUGUGGAGGAUUUCUUCCAUUUCGCUCAGCAUCUUCAGCAGCAAACGGGCGAGUGUCUCACAGCGUGCUGCGGUGGAGCGAAUCCUAAAACUCUCCCUCUCACCACCACUCUAAAUACCUCACUCACUGCCUCGCUCACGUCCCCUCUGAACACCCCUCUCACUAGCCCACCCCCCAAACCGAGCAGCCAGCCUUCAGCCGAGCGGCCGUACCACUGUCAGGACUGCGGCAAGUAUUUCCGAAUCAGCGACAUUAAGCGCCACCAGCGAAUCCACAGUGGAGAGAGACCGUUCCCUUGCUUUCAGUGCGGUAAGAACUUCCCCACGUCGGGCGAUCUCAAAAGGCACGAGAGGAUCCACACGGGCGAGCGGCCGUACCACUGCCUGCAGUGCGGCAAGAAUUUCUCCGACUCGGGUCACCUCAAGCAGCACGAGAGGAUGCACACGGGCGAGCGACCUUACCAGUGUCCCCAGUGCGCCAAGCGCUUCUACAGAUCAGGUGACCUCAAGAGGCAUCUCCGCAUUCACAGCGGCGAGCGGCCUUACAAGUGCCCGCAGUGUGACAAGACCUUCUCCGAUUCUGGCCACUUGCGGGGCCACCAGCGCAUCCACACGGGAGAACGGCCUCACCGCUGCACGCUGUGCGAGAAGAGCUUCUUCAGAUCAGGAGACCUGAAGCGCCACCACCGGACACACACCGGAGAGAGGCCUUACCAGUGCUACCAGUGCGGGAAGAGCUUCUCCGAAUCGGGUCACCUGAAAGAGCACCGGCGGAUUCACACCGGAGAAAAACCCUACCACUGCAACCAGUGCGACAAGAGCUUCUCACGCCUGGAGCGACUGAAGGGCCACCAGAGCAUCCACACGGGCGAGAGGCCCUUUCACUGCGCCCAGUGCGGCAAGAACUUCUUCAGAUCUGGUGAGCUCAAGAGGCACCAGAGGAUCCAUAACGGAGAACGAGCAUGAAAUCGCUUAUUAGAGCAUUAGGGCCAGGUUUUGAGAUCUCUGUUGUUGGGUUGUUUUUUUAAAGGUUUUUUAUUUUUGCUUUACUAUUUGUGGCCAAUCUUACUGCUAAUCUCUUCAUGAUGCAGAAUGGAUUCUGCUCUGUGAAAUGAAUAAUUCCAGAGGGGCUGUGUCAGUCAGCGGGAAGAGAAAGGUUCGUACGUAUAUUUUGGCUGUUGAGAAGGAGGGUAAGCCAAUAGCUUUUAGUUUUGACACCCAGAUAAUAACAGAGAGGACAUUUACCUGGCCCGUGACAUUCCCUCCUAAAUAAAAUCCAAGCAUUAGGGAUUCAUACUAGGAUGUUUAUUUUUAAACAAAGAAAAAAAAAUACUGUAGAGUCUCCCUGCAUGUUAAAGGUUCCUUGGACGGCUUACUCGGUGAUCCCAUUCCAGAUCUUUUUUUUUUUUUUUUUUUUAAUUACUACCUCCACAUAUCUUUAUUUGCAGUUAAGCGUCUACACAGAACGGCCUGUUGAAAUGUUCACUUUGAGUCUGCUUUAAGUUCAAAGGAAUGAUUCAGCAAAAACACAUUUGCACAUUUAUUCCCCUUACUCCAAAUGUUGGGUUCUUUAGUUUUGCACUGGACUAUAAUGUAGCUAAAGGAUUAUUUUUAUUAUUAUUAUUAUUUUUAAUAUACUUGCUGUGAACUGCGUGUAUGUGUUGGCAAGAUUGCCGCUGCACAUAUCCUGGCACAUCGCUUGUGUACUUGGGCACAUCCUCAGAAAUGAAUGCAAUGCAACUAAUAUCAAACUGCGUAUUUUAUUUACUAUUUUAGGCCGUUGUUGUGUAUGCUACUGGCACUAAUGGUUUUCCUAUUACAGUAAGUGUUUUAAAUUUUAAAACCUCUUAGACCUACCGAAAGGUCUAUUUUGAGUGCCACUUUUUUUUUCUUUCCUCGUUUUCUAGAUUAGUAAAUGUAACAAUGUAUAGUGAGGGUCUUUUGAUUUGAGACACAGCUCAUGACCGUCACGCCGUUGACAAAGUUUUAAAGAAAUACAGAGCUCGUUAAUGUAUUUAAUAUCACUAUCACUUUGUAUGAAAUCACAAAACAUUGCAGUUGGACUUGGAAACCACGUAGGCAGAGAUGUUUUGGCUUUUUUUUUUGGGAUGCCGCUUUAAAUUCACAAGAUGCGCAUCAGAUACGCAAGCAAGAAUGUGAACGAUGCCGGUCGGGUAGCAGCUGCACAUGAGCAUGUGUGUGGGGAAAGUGGAGUAUAUUUGCGCCUUAACAAGUAUUUUGAAAUAUUUCCUGCUCUUUUACAAAACAAAUGUGGUUUCCUCUUACCACACAGAAACAUACCAGCAAACCUAAAUUGCCCCCGUGUGUGUGUGGUGCCUUAUGAUGGACUGGUGUCUCAUCCAGGGUGUAUUCCUGCCUCGUGUCCGGGAUAGGCUUCAUGGUCCUGACCAGGAUCAAGUGGUUGAUCAGUUAAUUUAUUUAAAAAUGGAAAUGUGUCCUACUGCUUUAUUUAAUUUAGGCCUAAAUAUAUAUGGGGGGGGGAAUCAAGUGAGAUUUCUAAUACUUGUCAACAUUAUCUCCACCACAAAACUAAAGAAGCACAUGCCCAACAGUACACGUCUUGUCUAACACGACAUUUGGAGUCAUGGUGGGAAAAUUGUGUGAAGUAGUUUUGUGGUUUUUGUUUUGUCUUUUUCUUUCCUGAACUUGUACCUUUUUAAUCUUUUUCCCCUGCCGCACCAUACCGAUGGAUCUCCAUAUUUCCAAGUCCAUUAUGAAGUAUGUAUUGUACAGUACAAUAUUUGUAUAUUGUAGCAAGGUAUAAUGUCAAGUGAAAGAUCAUGUAGAACUGUAUAUUAAAAAAAGAUGUGUAUGCUUACAUUCUUUGUAUUUGCAAUAUUUUUUAAUUUUGCUCUAUUUUUUACAAGUGUGCGUGCUGUAUACAUUUUGUUACGGUGCAGAGACUGUCAAACGUGAUUUGAACACGUAUGUGACCCUGACAAUGGACUACAGAGGUUUUUGUUUUGUUUUUUUUUCUCCCCAGCUUGUCAUAUCCCUUUUUUUUUCUUAUCUUUGUUGUAUCACUGUAUGUAACAGCACACAAUGAACUUGUGAUUGCUUCAUGCCACUGUUGUGGCACUGUAAAAUGCUACUGUGCUCAUGUAAACACCACAUGGGGAAAAUUAUUUUCUUUGUCAACCAUGACGCUCUUGAGUCGCCAGUGUGUUGGUUAUUAGAUUGGUAUGUCUGAUAAACAGGCCCCUCGGAGUGUACACUGUAUGUAUGUGUAUACACUGAGCUGCUAGCUGUGUUGGUGUACUAGCCUAGUAACAAAUUCACUGGCAACUCCGUGUAAGUUGUCACCACUGUGUUGGAAGUAGUACGUACCCGGGGUAGAGUAUAAAUUGUCUGUGGAAACACAGGUUAUAAUUCAGUUUCUUAGGAUCUGCACUUUUAGGUAACAUAUUAAUCAAAUCUUUUAUAAAUCAUAUGAAUUAGAUUUAGCAUCUUAACUUUUUUUUUUGGUUAAAACCAAGUUUUCCAUACUGGGUUUUUUUUUUUUUUUUUAAACCAUAUGUAUCUAUUUAACUGUUUAUAGGUGUUUUUAGUUUUAUAGGCUUUGAUUCAAUCAGAAUUAUGACCUUGAAUUUCUUAAAUAUAACAAAUUGAAAUGCAUAGUAUUUCUAAAAAGUGAGAGAACAUGGGUACAACGGUAGUAUUUAAUACAGCUCUCUGAUUGAAUCCAGGCUGUAGAGUAGAUGUGGGAUUUUCAAACCCUGGGAUGCCUUUUCCUUUGCCUGUGCAUGAGUGUUUUCUUUAUGUUAAUGUAAUUAUUCCUUAUUUGCACAAAAUAAAUACGUAAUCUCUA